UGCUCCUGCCUGGCGCUGCUCCGGCAGGGCGGCGGCCAGCCCUACCUGCGGCUGCGGCCCUCCCCCAGCGACAAUCUGCCCGUCAAGGACAUCAUCGAGCACCCCGACCCCGACUACGACCCCAAGGAGCAGGACCUGGACGAGCGGACUCUGAGGAAGAAGCUGGGCAGCCACUUCGACCCUGGCUUCAUGGCGGUGGUGGCCCCGGCUCAGCUGAACCUCUCCAGCCCCGACCCCCUGCACAGGUUCAAGGUGUCGGGGCCGCUGCCUGGUGAGCUGAAGAAGCUGGACCUGGGCGAGGCGCCCUACGGGGCUCGCAUCAAGAUGGGCAAGAAAGCCCGGAGGAAGUUCCUGCAGUGGCUAUGGGCCUACACAUACUGCCCCGUGGUCUACGCCUGGAAGGACUUGGGCCUCCGCUUCUGGCCCCGCUACAUCAAGGAGGGGCACUGCUUCACGGAGAAGUCCUGCUCCUUCCCGGAGGGCAUGUACUGCAAGCCUGUCAAGUCGGUCACCAAGACCUUCCUGAGGUGGCACUGCCAGGGCUGGUCCACACAGAAGUACUGCACCUGGAUCCCUGUGCAGUACCCGGUCAUCUCAGAGUGCAAGUGCUCCUGCUGACCCCUACGGGGGGGCUGCCCCAGCAGCUGGGCACGGGGACGAGCCCUGGGGUCCAGUGCUGUGGCUUGGGCAUCUCGGAGUGCCAGAGCUGUUACGCAGCCUCUCCUGGGCCCCAGCUCAGCACCUGGGGAUGGAUCUCAGAGUGCCAGCACGUGUGUGUGACCUCUCCUGGGCACCAGCUACAGCUGCGGGUUAUCCCCACUGCCCUGGAGUCCAGAUCCACGGCUCGGCUUGGGCAUCUCAGAGUGUCAGUGCUCCCACAUGACCUCACCUGGAUCCCAGUUGAGCACCUGGGGAUGGAUCUGAGUGCCACUCUUCCUGGUUAACUUCACCUGGAUCCAACGGUAGCCACCGGCUGCCUCCAGUGCCUGGAGCCCGGUCCCCACACUUGGUGAUCUCAGAGUGCCAGUGCUUUCUCUUGUCAUCCUCCCUUGGAGGCAUCAUCUAGCCCAGUAUGUGGUGGUGUCUUAGUAUGUGACAUGUCCUCUUUCCACCCCAAACUCCUCCACACUGAGACCCUAAGACUGGAAAGACACAAAAAAGAUUGACACACACACAACACGCCCAGAGAAUCUGUUCGUUGGUUCGUUUCUCUCCUCUUAUGCCCCUUGCACUGUUUUGUUUUUGUUUUGUUUUAUUUGACUUAUUUUAUUUUAUUUUAUUUGAAACGGGAAAAGCAAAACUGAAAGGAACUGCAGUGCAGGCCAGAGGCAAAGCUAAGCACUACAAUCAGAUGUUUAUUUUUAUACAUAUAUAGUGUUCUAACAAAAAAAAUUACCAGCCUUGUAAAUAUAGAGAUUUUAAAAAGGAAGGG